GAUAUCAACGGAACUUUUGCUCAAUUUAAUCGCAUAAAUUGUAAAGCGUAAUAAAUUAUGGUGUGGACACUUGCUUUGUUUGAACUAACUAUGCAAAAUUAAAAUAUAAAAAGGAAAUUAUGUUAGAAAAUCGGCAUUUUUUGUUGUUUUCUUAAUAAAUUACAUAAAUAAUUGACGUGAAACAAAUAAUAUUUUUCCGUUACAUGUGAAAGUGCUCAGCAAUGCAAUACGUAAAAAUUAUAACUGUAAUUAGUAUUGCUAAAUUGUUAAGUGUGCGCUCAUACUUGUAAAUUUCGAUUGGUCUCUCUAAAUUACGCGCGAAGGCCCAAUUUGUUGAUAAGAUUAUAAAUAAGCGAUAAAUACAAUAAAUAAUUGAUAAUAAACAGCAACAAUAAUAAUUUUACACUAUUCCGGCUAAAUAAAAGAAUUGCUCAAUAACUUUUAGUAAAUGAGCGCAGGUGGACGACGCAGGACGUGUUUGGAAAAUUCGAACAUUUCAUAGUGAACAAGCGGCUGAAUUAACAAGAAGGCCGUGAAAACGAAUUUAAAGGAAACGAAAAGUGUAACAAAGUCGCAACUUUUGUAGCGUCAACAACUUAAUGCUGAGGACUCGAAAUGGCAGAAGCGCAAUUGCGUCAACGACCCGGUGACUACUUAUGCGGUUUAGCCAGAUGGCAUCCCGCUUGGAUGCAACGCUACACAACAACAAAGUCAUUUAUGAUGGUCUAUGGGCUGUUGGGCACCAUACAAGCCAUGUCCUACAUGUAUUUCGUCGUCACAUUAACAACAAUCGAGAAACGCUUCAAGAUUCCUAGCCAAACAACAGGUAUUAUCUUGAGCGGCAAUGAAAUAUCACAAAUCCUACUCUCGCUCAUACUCAGCUAUAUUGGGGGUCAACGAAAUCGCCCACGUUGGAUCGCAUGGGGCAUUGUGUUUUGCGGCCUAUCCUGUUAUAUAUUAGCUCUGCCACAUUUCAUUUAUGGCGCCGGCGAUGGCGCGCUACAUCUCACCGCGGAAUAUUUACAAGAGCAGUCGUCGUCCAACCCAACGUUAAAUAUGACAAGUUCAUUCUCAUUGGUUAACGCGUCCAUACGAAGUUCGCAAGAAUUGUGCGGUCUAAUGAAAUCAUCACAAGAAUGCGAGUCAUUUCUGUCCAUUGUGCCGUUGGUCUUGAUUUUCCUCUCACAAUUCGUGUUAGGCGUGGGCAAUACCUUGUAUUAUUCGCUGGGUCAAACGUAUCUUGAUGAUAAUACGAAAGAGAGAAAUACACCGCUCAUGUUAGCCGUGGCCAUGGCACUUAGAAUGACCGGACCGAUCGUGGGUUUCUUUUUGGGUUACAUAUCAUUAAAUAUGUAUAUUGAUCCCUUCAAAAAGCCAUUAAUCGACAAUAAAGAUCCACGCUGGUUGGGUGCUUGGUGGUUUGGUUGGAUGAUAUUGGGCACUUUGAUGGUGCUCUUCUCUGGUCUAAUCGGUCUCUUUCCCAAACAAUUGCCAAAAAAGAAAUCGGAACACUACAACUCACACUUGCCACGGAUGAUGCGUUUAGAGCAGCUUAAGAAGGAAGAUGGCAUAUCUUUGGGCAGCACGCUAUCUCUUACAGCUGCGCUCGAUGCAAACGCCGCAGCUGCGGUUGACACGGACGACUUUCCAAAACUUAAAGAUUUUCCGAAGGCGCUGAUGCGUUUGUUACGCAACAAAUUGCUUAUAUUUAACAUUAUAUCGGGUGUAUUCUAUAUUUUGGGCGCUGCUGGCUACAUGACAUUCUUGUCCAAAUAUAUGGAGGUGCAGUUCCAUAGAACCGCACAAACCGCCACAGUUGUGGUGGGACCAAUAUCGAUAAUUGGCAUGGUGAUUGGCCUCAUUGGAUCCGGCAUUGUUAUAUCGAAAAAACAUCCAUCGCCGAGCAAAGUGCUAAUGUGGAAUGUUAUAGUCGGAUGUGUGUAUAUUUUGGGGCAAACGUCGUAUAUUUUUAUGUAUUGUGGUGAUACGAUAUCUCUGCAGAAUGGUGGCAACUUUCACUUCACCAAUCAAUGUAAUAAAAAUUGUAGCUGCGAUAAUGUGGCGUAUUCGCCGGUUUGUCACGAGGCCAGCGACACAACAUUUUUCUCUGCGUGUCACGCGGGCUGUCAAACUUGGGACGCCAAAGAGAAGACAUUUUCGAAUUGCUCCUGCAUUGAUCUUUUGGACCCAAUUACGAGUACUGUUGCAUACACGUCUACCACUCCCAGUUUUCUAAGUGACUUAAGCACCAAACAGCAACAACCACUUACACAGAAAAGCUCAGAAAUUAUCAAUGGUAUAUCGACAACAGCAACCCCGGUACCAAUACCCACCACGAUACUAAACAAUGAUGACAUCACCGUACCGACAACAGCAAGCAUAUGGACAACAACACCAAAACUAACAACAACGACUGAUGAACUGCUCACACUCGCCAGCCGUUCUGUGAGCACACUCUCCGAUAUACUCACACCAGGCGUUUGCUUAAAGGGCUGCUCUGUGGCCUUUUACAGUUUCACAAUUGCAUCGAUGGUUGUCAAUUGGUUCGGCUCUUCCGGGCGCAUUGGCAAUCUAUUGGUGAACUUUCGCGCCGUUGCCACCAAGGACAAAUCCUUCGCACAAGGUCUUUCCCUAAUGAUGAUUAGCUUACUCGCACUUAUACCGGGCCCCAUUAUAUUUGGACGUAUAAUCGAUUCCACUUGCCUUGUGUGGACAGAGACUUGUCAUGGCAGAGGCAAUUGUCAAUUGUAUGAUCAGACGAAAUUCCGAUACUAUGUAAACAUAUUAGCGUUGUCGCUUACGUCGAUCGGUGUGAUCUUCGACAUUUUAGUUUGGUAUCAUGGCAGGCAUCUUGAUUUAUAUGGAGAAAGGGAGGAGCAGAAGCUCCAAGAAAGGCGCCAGAGAGAUAAACCAAUCACACCGCUUUUAGCACAUAGCUCAUAAUAUUAUUUAAUGCCACCAUUAUGCCUUGUAUAUGUAUAUCUGAAGCAUUUUGCAUUGUAAAUGUACUU